AUGGAGACCGCAAGCACAGCAAACGGGGUCACCGCGGCUGCUGAUGACAUGGGAGGUCUUAUUGCCGGUACGGCAUUCCUCAGUAUGGGGAUGCUCUCGAGGGGAAGUAAGAGUGAGAGUGAGGGGGACGUUCUACAAGCGGUGCAUACCUCGAGUGAAAUCCCGACCUCCGGUUCGUACGAUGAUACCGGGGCAUUGGCCAUACACAAGGGGUACUACAAACCCAACUCGGUGGCAAGCUACCCCCGCCUUGUAGGAGUGGAAGAGGUCCCAGAGCUGUCCGAAGUGCAGCCAGUAUGUCAUCCUGCCUUUGCAUCGCAGUUCGUUCCAGAAAGUAUAUCACGCAUUGCAGAGCCUCUACUUGAGUUUGAGAUUGAUUCUGACAGCAAAUAUGCCGGAUGGUCGCCCGGAUCAACAUCCGUCGCUGGUUACGGUAGAGAUGUGACAUUUUGGCUAAAGCAUUGCAGCGUCAACGCCGACUCCAACGAGGACCCCCGAUACGCAUGGCUUCGCUCGCAGACGAAGCCACUGCUGGGAUCCUUUAUCGACCAGGCGUGGGGAAAACUUCUCAAUGGCCUUGAAGAGUUUACCGAGAGAAAGGGGUUUGAUGCUGUGCGUGAGCUUAUCGGGCCGAGCGACUAUGCAUGGCUAGAUCCCGACGAACAAUAUAAGCUCAGGCACCAAAUCACCGACCUGCUCGGAGCCAUAAGCACGUCCGUCGUGCCCAGCCUCGACGUCCACCGCAGCAUCACGCACCUCGCGUACCAUGAGAAACUCGACCCAUCCCCUACCUACGCCUUCGGAGACUUCAUGCGACAGAUGCUUCUGGCUCGCGAAGCAACCCUCCGCAUCCAGCGCGACAGCCGACGCUGGUACGGUGGAAUCAGCCUGAGCGUCCUCUUCGACAUGAUCGCUGCCGACAGGUGGGCUCGCAACAUGAUCCUCGAAGCUGCCGGAAGCGCGGGGUACAAGGUUUCGCCAAACGUGUUGAACCAGCAACUCGAUGGACUGCUCACGUUCGUCGACGAAAUGCAGUGGCCUUUCGGCCGCGAGGUCCGCGAGGCUGUCGCCCCGCUCCGCGGAGAGAAUCCCACUUUCGACAUCUCCCUCAUGGAUUGGGUGGCGGGAUUCAUCCUCCCGGGGGCAACGUAUCCGCUUGCAGUGAUCAGUUCCGUGUACAAUCUCUCGAAGACACUGAAAGCCCAUGCGCCUACACGGGUUGUCCAUGCUCGCCAGGGGAAUUACGGCAUUGUUUUUCCGCGGGCGUCGUAUUGGCAUGCGAGGUCGGUGGUCGGCAAGGUCCUGGCUCCGCUAUCUCUCUUUGAGGCGACGGACCGGUUUCGUGUCCGUUGUUUGGGUGGCUGGAUUGGCCCCUGUCUGUCGUCCGAGGAGCCGCUGCCUGACUCUACAUUCGGUCUGCUCAUCUCAGUCACGGCGCACCCACCAACGUUCCCCGACAUUGGGUCCGAGGAAGUGGACAGCAGCGCGCGAGAGCGGGAUCAUCACCUCAAUGGGGCAGAGUACACAAAUACUAGCAGCAGCAGCUGGACACCCUUGGAAGCCCCGCCAGACCUAUUCAUCCCCCGUAUACAGGACAGCGAUCCAGUAUCCCUGCACUCGGUCCACCUCACCAAAUCCGGUGACAUGGGCGCGGACACGGAGGAAAGCACGAACCGCGCACCAACCUACAAUGUCAGCCUCGACUUCCACCUCUCGCACACAGACACCGCUGCAACAUUCACCCUGACCACAAACAGCGUCUUUAUCGCUGCGCCGCCGUGUCGCGGCACACACCGCGUGAAUCCAGACAAGGCUAGUCACUAUACCUUCAGCGUCCGUGGCGUAGAGGAUCUAGAGCGGCUGCCAAAGUGGGGGGAACAGAACGAUGACGGUCCGGCGAUUCUGGUUAUUAAUGCGAGGGGCGGUCCGGAGAGCGAGGUCUUUGCGAGGGCUUGGUGUUGUCAUACAGGGCGUAAUGCGGUUGUUUGGAGGCCUGGCGGGGACAAGAGCUGUUGCUUCAAGUGUGCGUUGAUGGUUGCCUCGGCAGAAGGAUUGGGGACCCGGGUUUUAAUAGUCUGUUAG